AACUAUUCCUUUAAGUAAAAGUAAGUAAUUGCAUACAAAUAUGUGUGUACAAAUUACUAGUGGUGAAUAUAAUUUUAAAAAUGUCAACUUGAGUACAUGCAUUUUAGAGUCUGCUAGGGUCGCUCAGGUUGUAGGUGGAAACAGACUUUCAAAACAGUGGAUGGAACAGAUAUUAUGUAUCAAAUAUCUGCUUAUUCUGUUCUUUGAAUGAGCAGAAGAACUGCACCCUUUAAGUAUGGAGUAUAAAAACAGUGUGUUAAGAACAAACGCAGACACAUUUCUGAAAAUAUCCCAAGGAGCACUGAUUGCAGACCGUCAAUAACAAUGGCAUCUCAAGGACUCCAGAUCCUGGGCGUUAUGCUAUCUGUAACAGGGUGGCUGGGGACAAUCGUCACCUGCGCUCUGCCUAUGUGGAGAGCGACAGCUUUCAUUGGAGCUAACAUUGUCACGGCGCAAGUCAUCUGGGAGGGUUUAUGGAUGAACUGUGUGGUUCAGAGUACUGGACAGAUGCAAUGUAAGGUCUAUAGCUCACUGCUUGCCCUUCCUCAAGAUCUUCAGGCGGCCCGAGCUAUGAGCAUCAUCUCCAUCAUAGUGGGCAUCUUUGGUGGGCUAAUGGCUGCGAUUGGAGGAAAGUGUACCAACUGUAUGGAGGAUGAAUCAGCAAAAGCUAAAGCCUGCAUUGUCUCAGGGGUGAUCUUCAUCAUCGCCGCCUUCCUCAUCAUCAUACCUGUGAGCUGGUCCGCCCAUAACCUGAUCAGGGACUUCUACAACCCUCUGGUGGUAGAAGCCCAGCGUCGAGAGUUAGGAGCUUCUCUGUAUAUUGGCUGGGGAUCUGGAGCUCUCCUGCUGCUGGGUGGAGGACUGCUUUGUUGGAAUUGCCUUCCAAAGGAGAGCCAGUCGUAUACAGCAGCCAAGUUUUCCCCUGCUAUAUCACUGUCCCCAGGGAUGAAUUAUGUGUGAGCAACAUGAUGCAUGUUUCCAUGAGAACUCCAAACAAAAGUAGAUUCAUCUACCAUGAUUACUAUGUCUAUGGAAAGGCAUGUAUUCCUUUACUUUUGAAAUCACAUAUAUUUUCCAAUCACAUGAUUGUAAAACUUUGAUAAU